UAUAUCACAAAAAUAAAUGCAGUACCAAGUCCCAACUAACUCCUUGUUUGGCUAUAAUGGAAAACUAAAAUAUGUUUUUUUAACUCUACCUUCUUCUUCCCUCUUUUGCUUUCCAAUUUUCCUCACAUAAUUAGGGCAAUUUUAGCAACUUAAUAGUUGACUGGUCUCGUUGAUCAUAUAACUGUGAGGAAACGUGUCAUAUUAGAGGUCUAAUGAAAAACGUUGAAAAGAAUUUCCAAAUAUCAGUGGCCUGUUUGGCUGUAGUUAUAGUAUUUAUAGGUUUGUACACUCAAUCUUUAAACAAAAUGAUGGUCACUUACUUUAUUGGUAUUUUAGGGAUCCUUGGUGUGUUUUUACCUGAUUGGGAGUCCUUUGAUCAAAGUGUCUCACAUUGGGUCACUCCUCUCAAAGUGGAUGAGUUCACCGCUGAGUCUUGCAGAUCGGUCAGGUUUAGAUUUUAUCCAGUCAGAAUGGCUAUCUUCACAAUUUUAUAUGGAUUUGGUUUAUACAAGUGGUGGAUGUUUAUAUCCACUCAAUAAAUUCACAUUAAUGCACUCAUAUUUGUUUCUUUUUUGCUUUUUUUUUUUGUACGUGUGUGUUUGAUUUUAGCAUCUUUAGAUUAAGUACUUUUCGACAUAUUUAAUUUAUAGUUGUAUUUCUGUUUUGUUUAAUAAUAAAUAUCUCAAGUUUAUUAGUUUGAUUAA